GGGGAAUGAGGACUCCACUUCCCAGCAGGCUUUGCGCGGGCUGCCCUCCUUUUUCACUUACUUUGAACGGCGAGGGAGAGUUGUGUACUUGAGGACGGUCUCGCCGUCCCCAUUAAUAAUAAAUAGGCACUCUGCUGUCAUGGCGGAAGCGGCGGCUUGCCCUGCCUUCCGGCUCGGGGGCUCACGCUACGAUCAGGGUUCAUUUCUGGGCCGUCUGAGACACUUUGUGGACAUCAUUGACCCGAGCACACUGUUUGUGUCGGAGACGCGUCUUAAAGAGAGCAUCAAACUCCUGGACGACUUUAAACACGGGACGCUUCCUGCGGAGGUCUCCGAUCUUCAGCUGUGGGAGGCCCAGAAGGUGAAGCAGGCCAUCGUUCAUCCCGACACAGGCGACAAGAUCUUCAUGCCGUUCCGAAUGUCAGGUUACGUACCUUUCGGAACGCCCAUUGUGAUUGGCCUCCUGCUGCCCAAUCAGACGGUGGCGUCCACCAUUGUAUGGCAGUGGUUGAAUCAGAGCCACAACGCCUGUGUCAACUACGCCAACCGCAACGCCACCAAGCCAACGCCAACAUCCAGGUUCCUUCAAGGUUAUUUUGGAGCUGUGACCAGUGCUGUGUCCAUUGCAGUGGGACUGAAAGUGCUGAUUGAGAAGGCCAACAAGCUGAGUCCGUCCACCAGAACCCUCAUCCAGAGAUUUGUCCCCUUCCCAGCCGUCGCCAGCGCCAACAUUUGCAACGUGGCGCUGAUGAGACACAACGAGCUAUCCGAAGGCAUCGAUGUGCUCGACGCCGACGGCAACGUGGUGGGCUCCUCCAAAAUUGCUGCCAGACACGCCAUCGCAGAGACGGCCUUCACGCGUGUGGUCCUCCCCAUGCCCAUCUUUGUGCUGCCCCCCAUCAUCAUGUCCUACCUGCAAGGGCUGCACUUCCUGCAGAGGCAGCGCAGGCUGAUGCUGCCCGUCCACAGCUUGGUGUGUCUGCUUACGUUCGGCCUGUCCCUGCCUGUGGCCAUCAGCCUCUUCCCGCAGAUGUCGCAGAUCGAAGUGUCUCGCCUGGAGCCUGAGAUCGCCAUGGCAACAGAUUGCAAGGUCGUGACCUACAACAAAGGUUUAUGAUGGAUGCUUCAGAAAAAAGGGUUAAACAUGACCGUUUAUUAAAUAUUAACACCGUAAAUACAUAAAGGUACAGUCUAAACGUGCAAUAACAGUGUUUGCCACAAGAGGGCAGCAAACACCCUCUUGUUGGCUGUGAUUUAUUUUCCAACAGUCCAUCCCCCAAAUGUUCCAGUUUUAUAUAUUUUUCAUCUGAAAAAAAAAUUACAGCAUCUUUUAAAUGAUGAUGAAAUGUAUUAAUAACAUUUUUAUAAUACUUUUAAAUAUUUAGUCUAAUUUAACUGAAUACUUUUAUUAAUUUAUGAGCCACAAAUGUUAAUAAAAAAUAUAAUUAAUUUAGUAAUUUGUAAGAUACAUUGAGGAUCAAAUUAUUAAAAGGUAAAACAUAUAUUAGUAAUAAUUUUGUAUAACAUGAUUGAUUCUUUAGUGGAAUAUAUUGUAUGUUUAAUGGACAUUUAGUCUGCCAAAAAAAACUUUUUUAUACAGAAUAUUUUUUUCUUGUUUUUAUGGGGAGGAGGGAGGGAUAGGUGUGAAUGAAUAAAAAUAUUGCAUAAAUAUUUUUAUUUAGUGUUUUGAUCUUAACUAAAAUGUUUUGCAGAAUUGUUAUAAUGAACGAAUGUUAAUAGAAUAUAACACAAAUUACAAUCAGUAAAAUCAUUUUAAAGUAUUGAAUAAAAACAAAUUACAUUUAGUAGGCAAUUAUUAUAUAAUAGAAGAGAUAAUACUAAUAUAUUCUAAAUAGGAAUUGUUAAUAAAGCAUAUGUACAUUUGGUCCUCCAAAUAACACGUUUUUUACAGAAGUUUUGUUUAUCAGAAGAAUUAAAUAAUGUUGCUGAAAAAGGUGAGAACUUAAUUUAUCUUCCUCAUUAAUUAAAAAUGUGCUAAAUUGCUGCUGCAUUGUUCAACUUUUUAAUGAGUAUCAGUUAAUUCCAACACAUAAUUUGCCAUGUAAAACUAUUAUUAUUUUCAUUCUUAUUGUAUAUAUUAUCCAGAUGUGUCUUGUUUUACUGAGUUGUGAACCCAUACUAUGUGUAACCCUUCUGCAAUUGUUUGUCUAUCACUGAAUUAAAAAUAUUUGUUUUUUAAUCCUCCUGUUUUAUGGUUUGACAGGAUGUAAUUAUUGUGACUGUAAGAAGCACUACAGUAAAUAUUAAUAUAUUAAUGGAGUCAAAACACAUGUAUUAGAACAUUCAUUUUUUUGCUGUAAUUGUAGUGCAUACAAUGUGAAACACUGAAUUUCAUUGCAAGCAGAUUGGAAGGCUAUGUACAGAAUAUUCUUAAUCAAUUACGUAUUUUGCACACUUUUUUUUUUAUUUUUUUAGACAAGUGUAUACGAGCGUACCUAAUAUGGAAUGUUGUUUUUGAAUAUUUGCAUAAUCCACGAAAGGUUGAUUGGAAAAAUACGUAAUGUAAAAUAAAUAAUACAUACA